UCGAAAGCCGCUGACGUAAGCACAAAUUCAAGUCUGUUGAUUAGCCGUAACUCCUCACCUGCUACAACUUCGAGGCAACUCUGAUUCGGAUCGUCAUCAAAAUGGCAGAUCAAGCAGGACCCUCGAUACCGAAGCAGUUGAAAAAGCCACGAAAGAAUGUGAAGCACGGUUUGCGACUGGCGAAAGCCAAAAGGCUCUCGGAGAAGCAGCAGAUUGAAGCUUUGGAACGUGCAGUGGUGGAAUUCGAACCACGAGACGGUCUUCAAGCUUUUUCUGAUCUUCCUAUUUCCGAAUUCUCGAAAAAAGGACUCAAAAAGUCGUUCUUCGUUAAGAUGACAGAAAUUCAAGUCACUAGUAUACCAAUCUCUUUGAAGGGCAAAGAUGUACUUGCGGCUGCUCGCACUGGUAGUGGAAAAACUCUUGCUUUUCUCAUUCCAACACUGGAGAUACUUUACAGAAGAAAAUGGGGCCCCCAGGAUGGUCUGGGCGCGGUAAUAAUUUCACCGACGCGUGAAUUGGCUGUACAAAUUUUCGACGUCUUGCGUUCCGUUGGAGCUUUUCACUCAUUUUCUGCAGGGCUCGUGAUAGGUGGAAAAAACCUAAAGGAUGAGAGGGAGCGGCUCGCUCGAAUGAAUAUUCUGGUCGCCACACCAGGUCGACUGCUGCAGCACAUGGAUCAGACAUUCGGUUUCGAGUGUGAUAACUUGCAAGUUCUCAUUCUGGACGAAGCGGAUCGCAUCCUAGACAUGGGAUUUGCCAAGACAUUAUCCGCACUACUUUCUCACCUUCCGAAAUCACGCCAAACUCUACUUUUCUCGGCUACACAAACCCAGUCUGUGUCGCAAUUAGCUCGCUUGAGUCUCAAAGACCCUGUCCUCAUCGGCGUGGAUGGAGCUGACAGCUCAUCGGCUACUCCCCUCUCCCUUGUGCAGUACUACUCCGUCUGCACGUUGGACAAAAAGCUUGAUGUCCUGUGGUCAUUCAUCAAAACUCACCUACAUUCUAAGGUCCUCGUCUUCUUGUCAACUGGGAAGCAAGUUCGUUUUGUUUUCGAGACUUUUUGCAAGAUGCAUCCUGGAAUACCGCUACUGCAUCUGCAUGGGAAACAGAAACAAUCUGCCAGACUAACGAUGUACACUCGAUUUACAUCUUCUCAACACGCGGUACUAUUCGCCACUGACAUAGCUGCGCGCGGCUUGGACUUUCCUUCGGUCGACUGGGUUGUGCAGGUCGAUGCUCCAGAGGACGCUGAUACCUACAUCCAUCGAGUGGGCAGAACAGCGCGUUAUGAGAGCUCCGGCAGUGGCUUGCUACUCCUCAUGCCCAGCGAGGAACAGGGCAUGACAGCCGCACUAGAGAAGAAAAGUAUCAAGAUUGAAAACAUCAAGAUUAGACCUAGCAAAACCCAGAAUAUACAAAACCAACUCCAGAAGCUCUCUUUUCAGGAGCCAGAGAUCAAGUAUCUCGGGCAACGUGCUUUUGUAUCCUAUGUCCGUUCUGUCCACCUUUACAAGGAUAAAUCGAUAUUCAAAGUUGACGAGCUUCCCGUGGAGAAAUUCGCCGAGUCUCUUGGGCUGCCGGGCGCGCCAAAGAUCAAGUUUUUAAACAGAGAACUUGUAAAGAAGCAAAAGAACUCGUCUCGAACGGUGGCAGCUAUUCAGGCUGAAAUUGAAGCGGAGGCUAAGCAAGGGUCUUCUGAUAACGAAGAUGACUCUGAAGAAGCUGCUGUGUCGUCCGAUGACGAUGCGUUAACCAACACUGCUCUUACUCCGGACUCUGAGGUCAAGGGUGAUCCAAAGCUUCCCAUGUCUACUAAACCCGGUGUGCGUACGAAAUAUGAUCGAAUGUUUGAGCGCAAAAAUCAAAAUAUUCUUUCUGCGCACUAUUCGAAAUUAAUUGAUCAUGGCGAUGCGGUUGAUGACGAUGAAGACUUCAUCACGCUCAAGCGCUCAAAUCAUGACUUAUCUGACACUGACGCAAACCCGGAGAUAGACAACCUGUCGAAGAGGAAGCUCAAGCUGUCCAGAACAAAACGUGCAGUUGCUAAGUAUGGCCAAUUGGGACAUAAGUUGGUAUUCGAUGACGAGGGGAACCCUCACGAAAUUUACGAAAUGGUGGACCCCGCAGAAUUCUACAAAGGGGGUCUGAAAGGGGCGAAGGAAGCUGGGAAGGCCUUUGUGGAAGGGGAGAAGGAAAAGUUGAAGGGUGCAGAUGUGGCUGAUAAAAUGGAAGCUAAGGACAAAAAACGCGAAAAGAAACGCAAGCGGAAGGACCGCGAGAAUGGUGUUGAUCGUGAUGAUGCCCAUGGGGGAGCUAUUGCGGAACUUGCACCCCCUGUUGAGGAGGGGUAUAUGUCCCCUGAAUUUGACCUGCCGUCCGAAGAUGAUGUGCAGGACACGUUGCCGCCGCCGCCACUCAAGCGGAGUAAACGUUCAGCUUCAACCAAAACAUAUUCUAGUGGCCUUGAAGACGAGGAAGAGUUUGCACUUCGGCUGCUACGUAACCGCAGAUAG